AAGGUUAAAAGGUUGAGUCUUGAUAAAAGGAUUGCAUUGAAAAAGAAUAAGGAAGAUAAAGUGGUUGCUCCAACGCGGAAGAGGAAAGAUGUUCAAGGAUGAAAAUGCGAAGAUUGAGAAGCUUGUAAGGGAGUACUCGGCUUCAACUGAUUUGGUUAGUUUGGACUGGAAAAAAAUGAGGAUACCUCCUGUUCUUCCUUCUUCUGAACAUGUUUGGUUGUUCAAGUUGAUGCAACCCAUGAAGGCACUCCUUCAAGUGAAAGAGAAUUUGCAGAAAGAUUUGGGGAGAGAACCAACCGAAGGCGAAUUAGCUGAAGCAAUGAAUAUGAAUGUAGUUCAAGUGCGAAAACGCAUGGAGGUUGGUCGAGCUGCAAGAAACAAGCUCAUUAAGCACAAUCUCCGGCUCAUUUUGUUUGUAAUCAACGAGUAUUUCCAAGACUUUGCAAAUGGCCCAAGGUUUCAAGACAAAGCCAGGCAGGAUUGAAAGGACUCAUUUCGGCCAUUGAUCAUUUUGAACCAAAAAGGAGAUUCCGGCUCUCCACUUACAGUCUUUUUUGGAUUAGGCAUGCCAUUAUAC